AUGGCAUCCAAAAGACCGACGACUCAAGCGGUGGAAUCUAGCGAACAACCUUCGCUGGCGGCGAUUAUGGCAAAAUUGAACGAAAUGAAUGAUGAUUUUGUUCGUUUUAAGGCAGAGGAUGCGAAAUUCAAAAUGGAGCUUCCUCAAUUCAUUCGUGACAAUCUGAGUGACCGGUUUAAGGCUUCGGAGGCAAGGAUCUCAGUGAUCGAGCGAUCGAAGGAUCAAUUGCAUGAUACUCCUAGCUGUGAGGGUAAAUAUGCUAAUUCUCAUCUAUUUCCUUCGGUUUCUGGCAUAAAAUUUGGAAAAGUAGCUGAGAUUUCGAUCAAUUAUAGUCCUAAUUUUGUGCAACGAACCAGAGUUGAGGAUAAUGGUGAGUAUCAUAAUUCUGGUGAUAAUAGAAAUAAUAAGAAAUGGAAACCUAAGCCAAAAUUGGAAUUGCCUAUUUUUAUGGGUGAAAAUGCGAGGACUUGGUUAAGGAAGUGUCAUAAGUUUUUCAGAAUCUAUGAAAUGAAUGAAGAGGAUAUGUUAGAUUCUGUAGAAUUUUAUAUGGAUGGAGUGGCUGAUGUGUGGUAUCAAGGUUUUAAGUUUGUCAAUCCUAAUGCUGACUGGAGGUAUACACCACCAGUGAGCAAAACCUCUAAUGUUGGGGGUAAGGUGGCUGCUCAAGGAGUCAAAAAACCUGACAAACCAUUUUUUAAGAGGUUAUCACCUAAGGAGAAGGAAUACAAGACUAUUCACAAUCUUUACUGGAAAUGUAAUGGUGCUUGGGGACCUGGUCAUGUGUGCAGGUUGGAACAUGUCAAUUUAGUAGUAGUGGAUGAUGAUGUGGAGCUGGAUCAGGUUAACUGGUUGAGUGAUGAAUUGGAAUCAGGAUCUGAGAUACAAGUGCAAGCCAUCUAUUGUUGGGAUCAGUGUAUAACAGCGGAUGAAGGAGAAAUGAAAGAACCUAGAAAACUGAUAGUGGUGGUUGGCUAUAUUAAUAAUGAAUUGAUAAAGAUCUUGAUUGACACGGAAGUAGUAAGAAGUUUUGUUGAUAAUUUAUUGGCACAUAAAUUGGGAUUGCUCAGAAAGGAGGUUGGAACAAUGGAUUGCUCGGAUAACCCUUUACAGACCCCCGCCUUUCCCCUCGCGGCUGAUGGGAGCUCAUCUCUCCCCGGCUUAUGGAAGGAGUUUGCAAAAAAGGAUUACUGGAUUACCCCAUUACCCUCUGACGGCGAGGAUCAUUUCCUUAAGCCUGAAAAGGGAACCACGGCUAUGGGUUGCAUUUUCAAAAAUGAAUGGAUUAUGGUAGCCGUGGAUCAUUCAGGAACAAAACAAACCAGGAAAUUUCCAGAAAAUGUUAUUAAACUCAACUCCCACCUGCUUGUUGCUUUUUCUGGCGGGAGUAAAGCUUUGCUCAAAGUUUUGGUGGAACAUCUGCAACAGAAGGUCGGCAAACAUGAACUGAAAGAGGGGAGAGAAGCCUCUGCUGCAGAAGCAUCGAAGUGGCUGUCUGACUUCCUGUCUCUUCGUCCCUGUGACAGUUUGUCACUUGGAAUUAUGAUCGCUGGGUGGGACCACAUAUCGGGGCCUGCCCUGUAUAAAGUGGAUGGUAAGGGGGAAGUGCUGAAAAGAGAUUAUGUUGGCACAGGAUCUGGUUCAGGUUCCUUUGUCGUAUUUUUCCUCAAGCCCCAUACCAAAAUGUCCGAGGCUGAAACUGCGGAGUUGACCAAAACCGCACUUUGUAUUGGUGUAAAUAAUGCCACUGAAAGCCGGAAACUCGUCAGUGUGUUCCAAGUUGGAAAAGCGGGGGUUACUCGGGUGGUCUCAAAUGAUGACAUCAAGGAAUGGCUAAAGGGGCACUUCCGCAAAGCUGGGUACGAGUGGGAAGACCAGCGGCGUUUCAACAAACUUCUUGCAAAUCGAGUGAAUUAG